AUGUCGACAGUGGGACAAGAAAAAAAGACUGAUUGGGCAAGCAUCGAUUCUGAUGAAGAAGUCGAACGUAUCAGUGAAAAUAUUAAUAAACUUCAAACUUCAGAUAAUGGAUCUAAAGAAAAGCCCACAGCAGAUCUAAGCAAUCGUCUUGGUCCUAAGGUGGGCGAGGAGCCCGAAAAACAAGGUGAAACAAAAGAAACUAAGGACGAAAAGAAAGACGAAAAGGAGAGUGCUACUAAAACUGAAGAAGAGAAGGAAAAAAUACAAGCUGAAGAAGAAACCAACUUAAUUCAAAACAAGAAUGAGGUACGUGUAAAGCUUGCUGACUUGCAAGCCGACCCUAAUUCCCCUCUUUAUUCCGUUAAAAGUUUUGAGGAAUUGAAUUUGAAGCCUGAAUUAUUGAAAGGCGUUUAUUCUAUGAAGUUUCAAAAGCCAUCGAAAAUCCAAGAAAAAGCACUGCCCCUCUUGCUUGCUGAUCCUCCUCGUAACAUGAUCGGUCAAUCCCAAUCUGGUACCGGUAAGACGGCUGCAUUUGCUUUAACCAUGCUUUCACGCGUCGAUACCACAGUUGCCAAACCUCAAGCUAUCUGUUUGGCCCCUUCACGAGAGCUAGCUCGUCAAAUUAUGGAUGUUGUAGAAGAAAUGGGAAAGUAUACUGGAGUACAAACUGCUUUUGCUAUUAAAGAUGCUGUUCCCAAAGGUCAAGUUAUAAACGCUCAAAUAGUCAUAGGUACCCCUGGUACAGUCAUGGAUUUAGCCAAGAGAAGACAACUGGAUCUCAAGCAAAUUCGCGCUUUUGUAUUGGAUGAAGCCGAUAACAUGUUGGAUCAACAAGGUUUGGCUGACCAGUCAAUGCGAGUUAAGCGUUUAUUGCCCAAAAAUACUCAAGUAGUCUUAUUUAGUGCUACCUUUUCGGACCAAGUAGGAGAAUUUGCCAAGCAUUUCGCUCCUAAUGCGGACGAAAUUCGUCUUAAAACCGAAGAACUUAGUGUCGAUGGAAUUCGGCAGUUGUAUAUGGAUUGCCAGAGUGAACAGCACAAGUACGAAGUACUUGUAGAGCUUUAUGGUCUUUUGACCAUUGGCCAAUCAAUCAUCUUUUGCAGAAAGAAAGAUACCGCUGAGGAGAUUGCUCGUCGUAUGGUCCAAGACGGACAUACUGUUUCUUGUUUAACUGGUAAUUUGGAUGGUGCGCAGCGGGAUCAUAUUAUGGAUUCUUUCCGCGCUGGUACUUCUAAAGUGUUGAUUACUACAAACGUUAUCGCUCGUGGCAUUGACGUUCUUCAAGUUAACAUGGUCGUCAACUACGACAUGCCCUUGGAUUCCGCUGGCAAGCCCGAUCCCCAAACUUACCUUCACCGUAUCGGUCGUACAGGUCGAUUUGGCCGCGUGGGUGUCAGUAUCAAUUUUGUUCAUGAUGAAAAAAGCUGGCGAGAAAUGAAGGCGAUCGAGGACUAUUUUGGUCGUGCCAUAACACGUGUUCCUACAGAUGAUUAUGAAGAACUUGAGAAAGUCGUUAAGAAUGCGCUUAAAAUGUAG